AUGGUAGUAAUCAAUAACUUAUCUUUUAAUCAGGGCCAUUCUUGCAUCUCAAUAUCUACAUCUAAGUACCAUAAGAUAUUCAAUUGUGAACCGUUUGGGGAAUUCUAUUCUUCUAAUGAUAGUACAAGGAAAAAGUCUAUAUCAUUGAGUGAGGAUAGUGAACAGAGCACAAACCAUAAGGACAAUGAAGUCCAGGAACAUCCUACAGCGUACUUGAAGAUGUUAUUCUCGACGUCCUUGACAAUAAUCGUUCCAAGUUCUAAAGAAAAAUUGGGCAAUAGGCUACUUAAGAUAUAUAAUCUUAAACAGAACUUGAAGAUAUGCGAGUUGACUUUUCCUUCUAAUAUCAUUGACAUCAGACUCAACAGAAAAAGGCUAUUGGUAUUUCUAGAAAUAGGUCAAAUAUAUAUUUAUGAUUUGAGUUGUGUUAGGCUAGUCAAAGUCUUAGAAGUUGAGCCAUAUGUGUCUAAUGAAUCCAAUGAACGUUUGGAAUUAGUGGGGGAUUUGAGCGCCGAUGAUAGUUCAUACUUAAUUCUACCGCUUUCUAUUAUAAAUGACCAAACGGAUUUAUUUAAUGCUGUCUCAGCGAGUCGUACAUCAACCCCAGUUAUGAAGCCAAGUGAUUCAACUGUCUCAAAUUCCCUAGACUCCUUAAUUGAGCUAACGCAAAAAAACAACAACUCACAUUUUGCUAAAAAAGAAGACAUUACGUUAGAAGAUCUAAAAAAGGACAGUGAUGGUUGGGUUUUAGUAUACGACUCAAUCAAUUUAAAGCCAAUCUUGAUAUACAAGGCUCAUGACUCGAGUAUAGCUAAAAUGACUAUUUCAAAUGAUAAUAAGAAAAUUGCAACAGCAUCUACUAAGGGGACCAUUAUACGUGUUUGUCAUUUAGAUUACCAUCAUUUGGAAAUUCAAAAGAAGGCCAAAAUCUCGCAAAUCACAAAUUUAAGGCGUGGUCACCAUUUGACGAGGAUAAAUACUUUGAGUUUCAAUCAAGACCAUUCUGUUUUGGGGUGUGGCUCCGAGAGCGGCACCAUUCAUUUUUUCAAGUUACGCACAUCAGGCGAAUCUGAGGAAGAAAUAACUACGAAUGAAAGUGAAGCAGAUGAUGAAAGUAGUAAAUCUUCUGAAGAUUUGAACGAAAAUUUGGCCAACCUUCUCAUCUCUAAGCCUUCGGCACAUGAAGCAGAAGACAAAGGCUACUUCAACUUCACAUUGAAGACCUCCUCCAAGUUGAUUAAUAAUCAUUACACUAAAUCAAUAAUUAAGAAACUUCCUUACAAAAAUUAUUUUGAGAAUUUAAUUUGGGAACCACCGAGGAGAUCCUUUGCAUUUAUAAAACUUCCGGAAUAUUCUCCAUUACCAAACCACACCAAAAACAAAGUCGAAAUUGGUUUUAGUGGUCUGUUAAUUUUGAUAGCUUCUUAUCAAACUGGGAAUUUUUAUCAGUAUCAGCUUCCGAAGGACACAGAUGACGAUAAGAGAGAAGAAUGCAACCUCAUCAACCAAUAUAGUUUAGUAUGA